GCCGCCGCCCCGCUCCGCCAUGCCCCGGUGCCUCGGCCCGGCCGGUUGUUGCUAAAGGUCCCCCCCGCGGGGGGGGGGACGACGACGACGACGACGACGACGACGCCCUUCUCGGGUGGAAACGUGGCUUUGCCGACGGCGGGGACGGAGAUGAGGACGGCGGAGGACUCGAACGGGACGGUCCUGCACCGCCUGAUCCAGGAGCAGCUGCGCUACGGGAACCUCACGGAGAACCGCACGCUGCUGGCCAUCCAGCAGCAGGCCCUGCGCGGCGGCGGUGCCGGCAGCCCCCGCUCCUCCCUGGAGAGCCUCAGCCCGGAGGAGAGCCAAAUGGUGCAGCAAUCCACGCGGCAGGAGCCGCAGGGCCAAGAGCAUCACUCCGACCACCUCUACUUGGAGAACAGCGUCUAUCGGAUCUGCCAGCCCCAGCCCAAGGGCGAGGAGCUCCCCACCUACGAGGAGGCCAAGGCGCAUUCCCAGUUUUACGCCUCGCAGCGGGGUGGGCAGCAGCCCCGCGGGGCCAGCCUGGGGCUUCGGGGUGAAAAUGGCCCACGCGGGGCCGAGAGCGGCGCCCGGCGCCCCGACGAAGGGCUGAAGGACCUCAAGCACGGCCACGUGCGGUCGCUGAGCGAGCGGCUGAUGCGGAUGUCGCUGGAGAGGAACGGGGCCAAAGCGCAGAGCCCCAUCAGCGCCUCCCACAGCUACCCCCAGCUCUCCCGCCACCACCAGCUCGCUGCCCUGCGAGGGCAGCACCCCGAGGAGGGGCCGGAGCCGCGGGGACCCCCCCCGGAGUAUCCCUACGUCAUCCCUUCCCAGGACGCGUACCUGGCCGAACCCCGACCCUGCAGCCGGGAAGGUCCUGGAUUUCAGCACCCUGAAAUCAGGGUGCUGCCCACCCACGUCCCCGCCGCUUUCCUGCCGCCGCCGGGCUCCCUGUGCCCGGGCACGCUGGGUCCCGCCGGCGUGGAGGCACUGGUGAGCGCCCAGGCCGUCUCGGCCAGCGGCCGCCUGGCCCGGGCAGACGCGGUCCUGCGGGAAAACGAGAGGCUCCAGCGGGAGAGCGAGAAGCUGCGGCGGGAGCUGGAGAGCUGCGCCGAGAAGGCGAGCCGCAUCCAGAAGCUGGAGAGCGAGAUCCAGCGCAUCUCGGAGGAUUACGAAAACCUCGUCAAAGCGUCUUCCAAGCGGGAAGCCUUGGAGAAAGCCAUGAGGAGCAAGAGAGACGGCGAGAUGCGGCGGCUCCAGGACUUCAACCGGGACCUGAAAGAGCGGCUGGAAUCGGCGAACAAGCAGCUGGCCAGCAAGACCCAGGAAAGCCAGGAAAGCAACCAGGGCAGCGUGGCCAAACUCCUGGCGCAGAGCUACGAGCAUCAGCAGGAGAAGGAAAAGCUGGAGCGGGAGGUGUCCCUGCUGCGCAGCGCCAACGAGGACCAGCGGCAGCGGGCAGAGCUGCUGGAGCAGGCGCUGGGCAGCGCCCAGGCGCGGGCGGCCAAGGCGGAGGCCGAGCUGCGGAAGAAACGGGCUUACGUGGAGAAGGUGGAGCGGCUGCAGGCAGCCCUGGGCCAGCUCCAGGCCGCCUGCGAGAAGCGGGAGCAGCUCGAGCUGCGGCUCCGCACCCGCCUGGAGCAGGAGCUGAAGAUGCUGCGGGCUCAGCAGAGGCAGGCGGGCGCCGUGGGCGGGGGGACGCCGGAGCUGAGUGCCCACACGCUCUCCGAGCAGCUGCGGGAGAAGGAAGAGAAGAUCCUGGCCCUGGAGGCUGACAUGACCAAGUGGGAGCAGAAGUACCUGGAGGAGUGCACCAUGCGGCAGUUCGCCAUGGACGCCGCGGCCACCGCGGCCGCCCAGCGGGACACCACUCUCAUCAGCCACUCUCCACGGCACUCCCCCAACAGCAGCUUCAACGAGGACCUCCUCCUGGCCAGCCACAAGCACCAGGAGAUGGAGAACAGGUUAAAAGCCCUUCACGCCCAAAUCCUGGAGAAGGACGCCGUCAUCAAGGUCCUGCAGCAGCGCUCACGGCGGGACCCCAGCAAAGCCCUCCAGGGCUCCCUGCGGCCGGCGAAAUCCGUGCCCUCCGUCUUCGCCGCCUCCGCCGCCCCGAGCUGGCCGGGGGCCGCCCCGAGCGACCGGCUGACCGAGGGCAUCUCCCGGGGCAGCGCAGGAAAAGCCACCGCUGAAGGGGCAGCAGCGCCCGCUGCCCUCCCCCUGCCCUCCUCCCACUCCAAGCACGGCAGCAAGGACGGCAGCACGCAGACAGACGGGGCGGCUGAGUCCAGUGGCCAGGGCGAGGGCACCGAGCGCCCGGCCGCUUUGCUGGAGAGCUCGCCCGCUGCCAGAGCCCCGGACCUGUCCGACAUGGUGGAGAUCCUGAUUUAAAGCCGGCCAGGGGCUGUGCUGCGCCCGCCCGGGGAUGGAGGAGGAGCCGGCGGGCAGGAGGACCGAGCCUGGAACUGUCCCUGCGGCCGGUCUCAGCGGGUGGCCCCCGUGCGUGGGAGAGCCACCGUCCCCACUCGGCACCCACGUGGGUCCCCGGCUGCGCGGGGCGCGCUGGAGCCCCGGGGACCCUGCGGCGGCGGCGGGGCCUCGCCCCCCCCCCUUGUAAAUACACCGGGGUUUUGUACGAUGGGAGCAAACGUAUUUAUCGUUUCAACCCCUUCUCCUUCCCGGGGCGGGGGGGGCUUCUUUCCGUGCCCUUCCCUCUUUGGCUCCAUCCCCAUCCCAUCUCUGGGUCUUGGCCGUCUGCACCCACCCAGGUGCUCGGUCUCCGACUGGAAAAAUCCCUCUCGGUUUGCCCAAACUGUACCCGCCAGCCGAUGUCUCUGCGCGAGGGACCCCCCGUGGGUCCCACCGACGUGGCCAAGCCGAGUGCCGGGAGCCCCAAACCUCCACCGUCGACAUCCAGCGCCAGCAUCCCGCCUCUGGGUUUUCACCAUGGGCAGGCGAGGGGUUCGGCACGGGGGUGGUGGUGAAGCAAAAGAGAAGAUUAUAAUCGAGGGAAGGGAAGGUGGAGGAGAAAUCCCCUCGAAAACCGGAGGCGAAAGGCUCGGAGUGAACCGACCACGGCUGAUGGAGGCGGUGGGAUGUGCUGCCCCUCUCGUGGCUUCAUCCCACCGCCACAUCCCCCCAGCUACCGGCAGCUGGCUUCUGCCUGUAGCCAGUGCCGACACCUCCGAGCUCAGAUCCUUCCCAUCCUUGCCCUUCGUGUAUAUAUUUUUUUCUUUCUUUCUUCUUUAAACAUGUGUGCAUUUGCUGGACAACUGCAUUUUUUUUAUUUUUUUUUUUUUCUCUCCCAGACACGUAAAAAAUGCGUUCGGUUCUCGUGCAUUGUUUACAAAGUGGAAAACAAACAAACAAAAAAUUAUGAAAGAGGAAAAAAAAAUACACCCCACAACUUAAUAUAUUUUAUAUUAAUAUUGGUAUUUCUUUUUAAGUAUUUUUUUUUUUCGUGCUGUGAACUUUUUUUUUUUUUUCCUGCCAAAGAUGAUGAGUUCUUGUUUGUGCGUUUUAAGUUAUCUUAAGUAUUUAAACGUAAACCUGGCUGUUUUGUUAUGCCGCCCUAUACCGAGAUUGCUGUAGCAUUCCACUUGGUAUAACAAUAUUUUAAUAAAAAAAAAAAAAAAAAA